GGAGCAGGCCAGGGAGGAAGAGGAGCAGGCCAGGGAGGAAGAGGAGCAGGCCAGGGAGGACGAGGAGGAGGCCAACAAGGGAGAGAAGGUCCAGGAGGGAGAGCAAGACAACCUCGUACCAUCAUUACGGACGAGAUGCGAGCAACAGUCAUUGACCAUGUCAUUGUCCAUGGCAUGACAAUGGCUGAAGCAGGACUAAGAGUCCGUCCAAACCUGAGUAGGUUCACCGUGGCCACCAUUAUCAGGGCAUUCAGACAACACAACAGGUAUUGUACUCUAUUGCUUUGUUUGUCACAAUACAAUUUUACAAGCCUGUGAAAGUAGUCUAUUACAGUAGUUUCAAAUCAGUUGUUACUGUAUUGUAAAACAUGUCAAUUGACGACAGGUUUCUUUCUUUAGAGUUGAAAGAGUGCCACAUAGAGGUGGGCGGGUUGCCAUAUUUACAGCGGCAUAAGAAACCCCCAUUGUGGAUAUGGUUCAUGAGAAAAACCUCAUCAGACUCCGGGAGAUCAGAGACAAAGUCAUUGACGAUAAUGUAAACUUUGAGGGCAUUGAUGAUGUCAGCUUGGCCACAAUAGACCGAGUUCUCCGGCAGCAAAAGAUGCGGAUGACACAAGUCUAUAGGGUUCCCUUUGAGCGAAACUCUGCACGCCACAAAGACCUACGUUACGAGUAUGUGCAAAGGAUAUUACAGCUGGACGUGAUGGCCAGACCUCAUGAGUACCUCUUCCUGGAUGAGGCUGGCUUCAACCUGCACAAACGAAGGCAAAGAGGCCGUAACAUCAUUGGCCAAAGAGCCAUCACUGAGGUUCCUGGCCAACGGGGGGGUAAUAUUACUCUUUGUGCGGCCAUGGGUUUGGAGGGGCUUGUCCACCGGCAGGCUGUCCUUGGGUCUUACAACACCCAACGUCUCCUAACCUUCCUAGAGGAGCUAAAAAAUAUCCUCCUAGACCGCCAACAACACCAUCCUGGGCCCGAACAUCCCAUUUAUGUGAUCAUUUGGGACAAUGUACGCUUCCACAUAACAAACCAAAUCAGUGAGUGGUUCACCACCAACAGUAACGACUUUUUAAACGUCUGUCUGCCACCCUACUUCCCUUGCCUGAACCCUAUAGAGGAGUUCUUCUCAUCGUGGAGAUGGAAGGUUUAUGACAGACAACCAUACACUAGAGAAAACCUCCUGAGGGCAAUGGAGCUUGCGUGUAUUGAGAUCCCAGUGGAGAACUUCCAAGGAUGGAUCCGCCAUUCCAGGGCGUUUUUCCCAUGGUGCCUGGCAAGAGACAAUAUAGCCUGUGAUGUGGAUGAGGUGAAGUGGCCUGAUGCAGCUCAGCGACAUGAUGCCGCACAGUGAUUGUGGUGUAAAUACUGUAAAAUGAAUAAAAAAAAACUUCACACCCCGAUCAUGUUUUCAAGUGUACUGUUGUGUGCAAUAGAUUCUGCUUUUGCAGUGAGUUGUGUUACAGUAGUGUACAGAAUUUACUAUAGAUUUAUACCCUUCAUAUGAAACUCACAAAUCUAAAUGCCCAAUCCUCUGCAGAACUCUAAGAAGAUCCAUAAUUGUAAAGUUUCUAAAAAUAUGCAUUGGCAGUAAAGAAACAAAGAACCCUCUCACAAAUUGAGCAUUGUGUUUUCAAUUGUUUUGCUGUAGUGUGUAAUGAUGUGUAUAGUGUUUACAUUUUUGAAAGCUUCGAGCUGCUCUUUUGGUGUGAAAGUUUGAGUUUUGAAGGGAGAAGGUGUGGUUGUGUUUAUGUAGCUUUA